CCAAAGUCAUGACUCACAUCCAAACAAGAUUUGCAACAAAAAUAGCAAACUUUUAAUUGACAAAGACAUUCAUCAUGAAAAACUAGAUUGCCACAUAAGCCAGGGAUUAAAUGUUGUAUUAGAUCAAGCAAAGAAUAUUGAAGUUAUGGCAUCAGAUUGUAGACUAAUCACAAACACCUGUCGGUAAGUCAAUAAAAAGAAGAAAAUUGCAAGCUUGUGUAUGGCAUCAUCUUCAUUAUUAAAGUAAGUCAGUUUUUUUUUCCUUCAUAUAUCUACUUGACUAGUCUACGUGCAGAUUCUUCAGUGUGCAAACAUUGUAGCUCAAUAUUAAGAAUGAAUACACUCACACGAUCUUGCUCACCUAUCAGUAUAUCCAAAAGUGACUAAAAUCACAGAUAUAAAAGAUGUCUGUUAUCGAAUAUUCAUUCAGUCAUUAGAGUCGCUUGCAAUAUCAAUUUGUUAGUUUCUUAUCGAUUAUUAAACACAUUAAGUAUGAAAUUAAUCAUUAUUGUGCUUGCAUUAAUUGGAACUAUCUCAUGUGAAAGUGGAUGGGUGAAAGGACCAGAUGGAUAUCAAUAUCGUCAACCAAAUCAGCCACUGACGUAUCCAAUUCUCGAUGAAAGUUUACCGCCAAUUAAUCUUUUAGCAUUAAAUGAAAAUGGUCCAGAACCUUUAGAAGCCAAUGAGUUUGCACCAUAUUUCUCAAAAACAUUACUUGAGGAUAUUGAAGCUACGACUUUUGAGUAUGAGCUUGUUCAAAAGAAGUGAUAUGCAGUGAUGAUUUAAUUUACAAAAUGUGAUCUUUUAGGUUAAGUUUAUUGAUUCAAAAUGAAUAAAAUUUGGCAUUUUUUAUAUAUUUGAAAUCAAAUUAUUUGCAUGAAGGAGAGUCAGGGAGAUUAUAUCAUUAUGUCACAUAAGAUAUGAGGAUUAAUGAGAGUUCUACUUCUAUUUGGAAUCGAACC